AUCUUCAGUGACUCAACGCAGUUAAUUCAUGGGGUUGGGAUUGCACCUGGUCUCCUGAAAUUAUUGGUAUUUGCUGAUGAAGUAUCGGAAUUCUGUGACACAGGAAUACCCUUUCUACUGAUAUAGACUACCAUUUAUUCAAGGUUAUAAAAUCGUAGGAGAGGAUUAACGUUAAAACGAACUUUAUGCUUCAUCAUUAAUUGCGUGUAUGAAAUUGAAGGAACAAUGCGAUGUUGUUGACGUCGGUAUAGUUCAGCGACGGUGUGGUAAUCCAGCGCUGCAUCCAUCGAAAGUAUCAGAGGAAAUUCGAUCGUUUCCUGGCGAUUAUAAGGGCAAAUCUCCCUGAUUUUAUCAAUUAAUACUUUCUGAUAGUGUGUUUUGUUAUCUCUUCAUCAUGGGUGAUUAUAAUUACGGAAACCCACCGCCUUACAGCACAAAUCCACCGCCUUCUUCAGCGCAAGCCUAUUAUUCACCACCGGGACCCGGCGGUGGAUACGCGACUGACUACCCGAAUGCAUACAGUGCACCUCCUCCUCAGGCUGCCGCAACGGCCCCACCGAUAACUCCUCAGUCUUCUGUUCAGAGAAACGCCGCCGUACCACAAGCUCAACCCAACCGGAGCCGGGUGCAAAAGAAGAAGAAACAACAGCAGCAACAGCAGCAACUUCUUCAGCAACAACAGGCCAGGCCCAAAAUGACACGACAAAGCAGUGCCCCAUCACAAAUUAGUCUCUGCACAAAAUACUCACUGUUCUUUGCAAAUUUUAUAUUUUGGCUUGCUGGUGUUGGACUUAUAGCAAUAGGAGUCUGGGCAUGGCUAGAUAGGGGCUUCUUUGGGAACCUAGAUCAGUUUGUCACAUCAUGGUACCUGGAUCCCAUACUAUGGUUUUCGCUCGUUGGUGUCAUCAUCUUCUUCAUGGCCACGUUCGGUUGCAUUGGUGCACUCCGAGAAAAUAUUUGCCUUCUGAAAACAUACAGCACAGUUCUUGGUCUGAUGUUGCUUCUAGAAAUCGGAGGAGGAGUUGCUAUCUAUUUCUACAGAAAUCAAAUUGAGCAGUUUGUGACAAACAGGAUUGAUGAUGUUGCUAUUGAGAACUACAGGGACAAUGCUGACUUUCAAGAUAUUAUUGAUGGCUUCCAAACCGGGUUGAAAUGUUGUGGAGUGAACGGCUACGAUGACUGGAACAUGAAUGUCUACUUCAACUGCACUACAGUAGUCGGACGUUACAAUCCAGAGGCAUGUGGAGUACCCUUCUCUUGCUGUGUGCCAGACCCUGCAGAUACUACUGAUGUAGUCAAUACACAGUGCGGGUAUGGUGUGAGAGAAGAAGACCAGCGUAAUAGCCUUUCAGAGAGGAUCUAUGAGCAGGGAUGCAUCUCUGCCUUGAAGACGUGGCUUUCCACCAAUCUUGUAGUGGUAGCUGUUGGCGCUGGUGCCAUACUACUUGUACAGAUCUUUGGAUUCUGCUUCGCAACUUCCCUCGCAAGCGACAUCAGACGUCAAAUGUCGACUUGGAGACAGCGUCCUUGAGGCAAGCUACCGGUGGCACAUGUGGUCCGAGAAUUUUUUUUUGGUACAACCAUGCUCCGAGUUUGACUACAAAAGUGUAAAUGGCCUAUUAGUAAUGGAAUACUCAAGGCAAAUCCUGGCUUAGACCGGAACUUAUUUGAUACAUGGGAAAUGGUUGUAUAUUCUUGA